AUGGUCGGUGCGUCAUCGUCUGCGUUUCAUAUCCACGACAACCCCAUGUCUGCAGUCCUCCCCAAAAUGCCGACGUUGUUCAACAAUGGGUCGUCGUCGUCGUCCUUUGUUGAUACCAUGACUCAGCAACUAUCGAUACAUGUUGAGCAGCCUGUCGGGAGCAUGAGUAUCUCGCCCAGUAGUCGGGAUGUUGUCCUUGCCGCCCGGAAAGGUCUGUUCAUUAUUGACCUCGAGAACCCAUACGAGCCGCCUCGCGUGCUUCACCACCUCACCAAGUGGGAGGUUGCCGACGUUCAAUGGAACCCACAUUUCAGUCGCGAGAACUGGAUCGCUUCCACUUCGAAUCAAAAGGCGCUUAUUUGGAACCUCAGUCAUAGCGCACCUCGCGCAGUGGAGCUCAUUCUCCAUGCCCACAGCAGAGCCAUCAGUGAUAUCAAUUGGUCCCCUUUCCACCCCGACUUGCUGGCAACUUGUUCUGUCGACACGUUUGUCCAUCUGUGGGAUCUUAGAACGCCAAAAAAGCCUGUCAAUUCGUUUUGCGCAUGGACUGCGGCGGCGACUGUGGUCAAGUUCAAUCGCAAGGAUGAGUUCACAUUGGCGUCAGCACACGAUACCAAAGUGGAAGUUUGGGAUACCAGGAAAGGAUCAUCGCCAUAUAUCAGCAUCCAGGCCCACAAACAAAAGAUUAACGGAAUCGACUGGAGUCGCAAGCACAGGAAUCAUAUUGUCACCUGCAGUUUGGACAAGAUGGUCAAGUUCUGGGACAUUGACGAACCCACGGAACCUCAGAAUGAGAUCACGACAAAGUCGCCUGUCUGGCGCGCACGACACACGCCUUUCGGUCACGGAAUUCUUACAAUGCCGCAUAGGACAGAGACGGGUCUCUCGUUGUGGAAUCGGGAUCGUUCGUCGGAGCCGGUGUACAAGUUUGAGGGGCAUACGGAUACGGUCAAGGAGUUUGUGUGGCGCGUUCGUGAAGUGGGCGACGAUAACGGUCAGCGACUUUUCCAGCUAGUGACUUGGUCCAAAGAUCAGCAUCUCCGACUUUGGCCCAUUAGUGAGAACAUGCUGGAGGCGAUGGAUCACAAGCCUACAAUGCCUAUUGACAUCGCCCCAUACCCCUCAUCGCACGACAAUCAUUCCUUCAGAGACCCAGCUCCGCAGAACAUCGCGGCAACUCCUUCCAGGGCGGUGUCGACGUUGCGAGUCUUGGCUGGAAAUAGACUGUCGACUAUGACACCUUUCCGGACGUCAAUGUCAUCUCGCACUAUCGGACCAGUGGGCACUCAAGGAGGGUUCUAUCAAGAGCGCAAGGCGCCUUCGCCACUGGUGUGGAUGCAGGGCGUCCGUCUGGUGAAACCGAGUGGUGAUCUCGAGCUGCCUGACCGUGCAUCACCCCAGACUGUCGCCACCGAGAUUGCCGCUGUUGGAAAGAAGUUUCAGAACGUCAAGUUUGAGAAGGUCAAUGUUGCGGGCCGGACUUGCACCAUCAGUCUGAACAGUUUGCGGCCCAACGAGGGAGUCUCGUUCUUGCGUGUCAACAUCUCUUUCCCGCAAUUCUACCCAAAGCAGGCUCCACCAACGUUUGAGAUUCAGAAAUCCGGAAUGUUGUCGAUGGCAACAAGAGCGGGGAUCGCGUCAAGUUUGGACCAGAUUGCGGCGAGCCAUGCAUCGAGAGGAUUGCCGUGUCUGGAGGAGAUUAUUCGAUGUCUGUUGGGAGAGGAUAAACGAGACGCGGUCUUGGAGAAGGGCCUGGACGAGUCAGAUGAAGAUGACACUAUUGUCAACCCCUUGCGGAAGUCGCGUGGUCGUGAUAAUGGAGCGGCGGACAAGAAGGACCAGCAGAUUCCCUUCCCUUGCCUCUGCGGUGCCGUCUUUGCUACCAAUGGAAAACUGGUUACAUUCUUUUCCAAGCUCCGCACGCCUCACGCAUCGACUUCAAGUUUGCCAGUGACAGGACGGAGCAGUACGUUGAUCAAAACCCCAUACACAUAUACCCACCCUCGAGCAUAUGCAUCGAUGGGCGAAUACAAGGCUUUCUCGCGUCUGCCAAGCGGAGCUGAGGGACUGGCAGGAACAGUGUCCAGCUUUGUUGCUGACACGGAUGACCAGGACGAUCUCUGGCUAGCGCCCAACCUGUUCUCUAAGAACAAGCAACCCAAACAGGAACUUGUCCGUGUGACACGGAAACCAAAAGACCAGCCCGUGUUUUUCAAGCCGUUGCCUCAAUCCCGAAGCACGCUGUAUUUGAAGGAUAUCACUUAUUUGCUUCCUGUCUCGCCACGUCUUGCUGCAGUCUAUACCUUAAAUGGAGAAUAUGUGUCAGAGAUUUGCGAACAGAACGCGUUGCAGGCAAGGCAUUUGAAGCGCAUGGAUCUGUACAAGAUUUGGAAAUUGGCAGCCUUGAUCCUCACGCUGUCUGUCCCCAUGGACCCCGUCACGUUUGAGAUGAACAAGACCGAGAUCUCAAAGAUGAACUCUCAGACACACCCGGACAAGCUGCUAGACCUGAUGAACCGAUCUAACCAUGCCAAGCAGCGUCGCGAUAGCGGUAUGGCCUUCAUCCCAGGGUUGGAGGAUACCUUUUACCAGAAGGUGCGGUGGGGUACUCAUCCCCUCGGUCGCAAACUUGUCGACGUCCUGUUUUCGUAUUUGGAGCGCCAUGGCGAUAUUCAGACGUUGGCUUUGCUCUCCUGUGUGUUCAAAGAUCCUUUCAGGAACACGAUUGCUGUUACAGGCAUCACACCUCCGCAAGCCAAUUACAGGCCAUACGAGUCGCCGAUGAGUGAUACGCCGGACUACUUCAACAGCCGACAGGCAGGCAAUGCUACCCGGUCGCUCAGCGGACUGCCCCUCAACACGACACCCAUGUCUCUGGAACAGUCUUCAACACGCCCCAGGACUCCUGCUGCGACCAAGAUUUCGCCUUAUCUGAAUCGUGUCUCUCCUACAGCGGCUGCGUUUGGAACUUCGUACUCGUCUUCGAUGAGACGAACACCCAGCCGAUUCUAUCCUGGGGGAGCUACCUCUCCCCUGACGACCCCAUCGUCACUUCGGGAGGUGCAUUCCGAAGCCAAUGGUCCGUUGGUCCCACUGGGGCCCAUCCCGAGUAACGCGUACGUAAAUGGCCUUGGGCUGCAGGAUGGUAGUGGUGGUAGUGGCGGUGUUGGUGGGACAGGAGCGGUCUUGCCGUAUAGCCACAACAAACGGGACUCGUACCAUUCCUUGCAGAGUACCAGUCCAACGAUGUACAACUCCAAGCUGGUACCCAUCAUGCAUCGACGCCAAUCUAGUGCAUCCCCAUCCCCUCUUGUCGACAAGAUGGAGCGGUAUACUGUUCGUGGCAGCGGGUUCAAGAUGACGAAGAUGAACACUAGUCUCUUUGACGCCGAAGAAACGCCGAUGAAUAUUCCGUUGCUGGAUCCGGCAAAGGAAUUACAACACAACACCUGGCGACUCCUCUACGCCGAGAUGAUGUACAGCUGGGGUCUCUUCGAAGCCCGAACAGAGCUCCUCAAAUUCCUCACGUUCAAACACCAACCCAAUUUCCGGGUCAAGGACGACCAAUCACCACUCGAACGUCUCCUCGGGAUCGAAAAGCGUGGGCCCCAGAUCUUCAACAAGUGUUUCGAAUGUGAGAAACGACUCUACCCGACCUACAAGUGCGAUUUCUGUAAACGCAUGCGGGUGGGCAUCAAGUGGUGGGCUGGAGGGUUGGCGAUUCAGCCGAUCCAUAAGCAGUUGUUGCCCCAGGAGUCUCUUUAG